CUCCACCCACAUAUGUCUUCCUGCUUUUUUGUUGUAAUAAGGAAAUAAACAUUUAAGCACGACGAAACUUCCACGUACAGAUUUAGUGAAAAAUAACAGAAGAUGCCGAAUGGAAAUUUAAAUAAUAAAUAAACAAAGACAUGAGACUGACUCAUUUGGGGACAGAGAAGACUUCAGAACCAUGGAUCCUGGUUUCAAAGAGAAAAACAAACAAAAAUGUGAUGUUACCAGUUUCUCACAGACCCCUUGCCUGUCAGGCAGAAGAAGUCCAAAUUAUGAUCGCCCCAACAUGAGUGAUCUGAGGAUUGUUCUUCUUGGGAAGAGUGUGUCAGAAAACAGUGGAGUGGGAAACUUCAUUUUAGGACGAGCAGCAUUUGACAGUGAAGCUCCUCCAGAUGUUGUGGAGAGAGUCGGAGGAAGAUUGAAGGACAGACAUGUGAUCAUCAUCAACAGUCCUCGGCUGCUCCAGACAAACAUCUUAUGGUAUCAGAUGACACAGACAGUGAGAGAGUGUGUGAAUCUGUCUGAUCCAGGAUCCCAUGUAAUCGUUCUGCUCCUCAGUCAUGAGCAGUGUUCAACAGAAGAUCAAGAGUGUGUGGAGAAGGUGCUGGACUCUUUCUCCGAGCGCAUUUAUCAACACACCAUGGUGCUCACAACACAAGAGCCCACUGAAACCAAUGACAUCCUACAGAAAAUCAUUCAGAAAUGUGCAAACAGACACUUCAGUCUUCAUAGAAGCAGUUCUCCUUGUGAUCUUCUGCAGAUGUUUGAGGAAAUUGUGAAAGUGAAUGACGGACAGCACCUGGAUUGUGCUGAAGCUUCACAGUAUUUUAAUAUAGAGCAACAGGCCACAGAAAAAAGUAAGUUUUCAGAGAGUAUAAAGCUGAAUCUGGUUGUGUGUGGGAGUGACGUGACAUUAAAGUCCUCCAUAUCAGAGCUGAUCCAGCAGCAGACAGAUGUGAAGCUUCAUGGACAUAAGAUCAGUCUGCUGCAGCUUCCAGCUCUGAUUCAGCUCUCAGAGGAGGAAGUGAUGCGUCAGAUUCUUCGCUGUGUGUCUCUCUGUCAUCCUGGAGUUCAUGUUUUCCUCCUCAUUAUUCCUGAUGCUCCAAUCAAUAAUGAAGACAAAGCAGAAAUGGAGGAGCUCCAGAGGAUCUUCAGCUCAAGAAUCAACAAACACAUCAUGGUCCUCAUAAUGCAGAAUUCAGAGCAUCAGACUGCAGAACUCAAUGAAGAAACACGGUCUGUUAUUGAGAGUUUUGGAGGACGACAUUAUUUCUUUGGUCCCAAAACACAAGUGUCUACAUUGAUGGAGAACAUAAAGCAGAUGCUGGAAAAAAAUAGAGGCAAGGUUUUUUCCACCGAGACAUUUUUGGAGGCACAGAUGAAAAAACUACUGCGGUUUGAAGAGAUGGAAAAGAAAAUGCAUUCACUAGAGACACGUUUACUGUCAAAAGGUAAUGACCAGAAAAUCUAUUUAUAUUUUACAUUAAGACAUUUAUUAAUUUGGAAGACAUCCAAAGUGAGGAAUACAACAAAGAGGUUCACCUAUGGAGGCAAAACACGACAACAAUACAAAGUUUGGUAUUUAAACUUAAGAGCUGGAAAAGGGAGAAUUGAGAUUGAGAAUUGAGAACUGAGAUUUGAGUUUUACAGCUUAAUUCUAAUUGUUAAAAACAUCAGAUGUGAAAAUCAAAAGUCCUACAUUUUACGAAAAAGUAGAUUAUUAGUUAUUAUAUAUUCAAAA